UAAGUAGACCGGAUACCGUGACGGAGUACGUUCUUCGGAUCCUCAUGGACAAUAAAGAUGCGGAGAAGUUGUUUUUUAUACCGUUUAAUACCGGUGGACAUUGGUUGUUGCUCGCAAUCAAUCCUAUCCGAGAAAUUGUGUAUUAUCUUGACUCGUUAGGAAAUGAUUGGACAACAUACCCGGAUAUGAAGGUCCUAAUUGACACCGUCCUACAAGCUUUUCGGGCCCAACGAGAUAUCCAAACCUCAAGGAGGGGCGCCAACUCCAUUACAUGGAUUAAAGUGGCGUGUCCUCAACAACGUAAUCAAAUAGAUUGCGGGUAUUUCAUGUUGAGGUUUAUGCGAGAUACUCUUGCUUUGGGCCGAUUAAAGAUUCCCACCGAUUACUUUGAUGAAUUCAAGUGUGCAUUUUAUACAAAGGAUCAAGUGGACGAAAUCAAAGAGGAGUGGUGUCAAUUCAUGAUAAAGCUCAAUGUUUGUUCAUAAAUUUGUGUAAUUAAUGUGUACAUUUGUAGUAUAUGUUAUGACUUGUAAAUGUGUACAUAAAUUUGUAUAUAUUUUGAUACAUUUAAGGCAAAAUUGG